AUGGGCAAUACCAACUCAUCUUCACAAAAACGUGAUGGAAGGAAGUGUCAAAGUUUACCGUGCUCGCCAGACAUUCGAAGACAAUUGCCAGUGCCAACAAAGCUUAAUGGAAAUGGAACAUCAAUUCCACUUCCAGCGACAGUUCUUGUUGCUAGGAGAUCAACUGAGAAAGGACGAGGAAUUCCAGUACCUAAUGGACAGUCAAGUAUGAUUAGGUAUCCAUCUGGGACACCAUCGUCCGAGAAUAGCAGACCGAGUAGUCCACCGGAUCUUAAAUCCAAUGAUAAAUUAAGAUUUCAACAGAACUCUAAAAUUCCACCGUCGCCUUACAACAUCGCCCACGAUGCAUCAAUGAUAUCAAAUGUUAGUGAAAAUGCUCAAUCUACCAUACAGCAGUCAAACGGAACGGUAAAGCAAUCAAUGCUUGACAAAUUGAAGCUCUUUAACAAAGAUAAAGAACGUUCAAAGUCAUCAAAGAGAACCAGUUCUAGUAGCGGUUUCUCAUCAGCACGCAGUGAUUCAAGUUUGAGUCUUAAUAACGAUCCGAAUGCGACAUCAGCAACAAAGAAUAAGAAAAAUGAUGCAUUAACUAAAGUAACGUCAUCAUCGUCGUCGUCAACUGUCUCAACCCAAAAGUCAUCAAAACUUUUAGCAUCGAAGGGAAUAAAGGAGACACCUGGACUUCCAUCAGCAAUUAAAAUGCAAUCAAAAAAUGAGAAUAAGAAGGAGAAAAGUUUGGGACGAAAUAUUUCAGACGAGAAUAUAACAAAAUUACAGAAAGUACCGACUGUAAAGUUUGUACCGCAAAUACAGCAAAUUAAUCAAAAUGAUCUCAGAAUUAAGCAACCACUACAGCCACAACAACAGCAGCAGCCGGUUUUACGUAAAAUUGAAAUCAGAACAGACAUGAAGACAGGUCUGACACAGUCACAAUUAAUGCAGCAUCAGCAACAUCCAAAAGCCAUCAUUCAACCGACACCGGUUAUAACGAGCAUUCCAAAGCCAAUGGCUGCUAUAAAAGGAACAAGUAAAACGAUUCACAACGAGAUAAAGCGUGACGACAUUAAUUUUGAUGCCAAAAUAGAUAAGCAGCAUAUCCAACAUCUCAAUAAUAGUAGCAUGUCACUUAAUAGUGAGCAUCAUAAGAUGCAAGUUGUUAAUCCACUCACCAUGAGUCCACUCCAUAAUCAAUUAUUGAUUCAUGCAAAAUGUAAUGGCUCGUCGCAGUCAAUGAGCGAUAGUAUCCAUUCAGCAUCAACAAACAAUCACUCAAAUUCGAGUGAAUCGAGUGUCAUUUAUCGACCGAGUGCAUCAGAAUCUGGUGGAUCUGAGUUUUAUCAUUCAAAUAUGCCGACAAUGCAACAACAUCGUAAUCCCAUACCAAACCGUAAAGUGGAUCAUUUUAAUGAUCCGUUGCUAACAGUCGCCACGACAAAUGGACAUAAAUUCAAUACAAUACCGUCAAAGAUGAAUGGUGCAGCAAUGGGAAUUGGCAAUAAUCACAUGGCAACAAUAAUAUACGAGGAUGGAAAGCAGCAGGGAUCAUCGGUCGUACCAUUGCGUUCAAUAAUGCGAAAUUACAAUAACAACAAUAAUCAUCAUGUUACACUACCUACUCGUGGAGCACGUGGUGGUCAGAAUUUAGUAAAUGGCUAUUAUGAUGAACACAAUCAAGGCUAUUGUAGUGAUGGCGAUGCUUUACGUAAAACUCAGAUACGUUAUACAGACAUUGAAAACGGAUACUUGUCUGAGGGUGGUGUAGGCGGAAGUAAUGGAGUAUCGAAUCCACAUCUCAUGAGCAUUUUUCGAAAUCGACCGCAAUUACCAAUGACCAUUGCUGAAGAAAGAUGCAGACCGAGUAAGGAUGGAAAUUUAGAAAGUCCCGAGAUGGAUGUAAACGCUGAGAAUUGGAAUCAAAGGGAGAAGCAAUCAAUCGCAAUGAAAAAUGCCAGUAAUCCAAAGUCACGUGUCAAAAGUGUUCCACAAAAUUUCGGGUAUACGAAAAAAAGUAACGGAAGUGCAACAGCAACGGAGAUAUCAACAAGCGCAAUGACAUCAAGAACGGCAGCUGUUUCAGCCGUUCCACGAUCAAAUAAACUUGCAAAAGUGUCAGGUGGCACGCAGACAACGACAAACGAUUUUCAACAGAAAGCAAUGCAGAGUUAUAAAAGUUAUUCACUGAAUGGCCCCGGAGCAGCACAGCUGAGUCAAUCAGUCAAAGACAGGUUUGCAUCAGGAUCAAAUAGUUUACCAAAAUCCGGUUUAGAUAUGCAUGUUUUUCAUGCUAGAAUGGCUGCUAGUCGUGCAUCAUCUAAAAUUAAUGAUGGUAGUCUAUCCGAUACGUAUUCCGAUAUAAAAGAUUAUAGUUCCUAUUCGAUGUGGUUAAGGCAUAGUAAUACAUCAAGUAGAUUAUCAGAUGGUGGUGAAUCAAUCGAUAGUAGCAUGUCUUUAUUGACAAGAAAUCAGCGGUUGAUUCAGCACAGAAAUUCAACGCAGUCGCCUGGAUUAAAGCUUAAUAGAAGCAACAGUAUAAGAUCUACAAAAUCGGAAAAAACAUAUCCAUCAAUGUUGAGUCGUGCUUUAAUGCCAUCAGCAUCGAAUGAGAUAGAAACUGAACCAUACUACUGCUUACCCGUCAAUGGUAAUGUUCCAUGGAGUCAACCCACGUCACCAACGCCACGCAAUUUAACGGGUCUCAUAUCGCCAACGCAUACAAAUUCUCAUAGACUUGUUUAUCAUAACAAGAAAAAUGAUGAAGUACAUGGAAGUCAAAUAUCACUCAUGUCUGGCGGUUCUUCAAUGUAUGGCUCAACAACCGAAGAACAACGACAAGCGAAUGAAGUACGACGCUUAAAACGUGAAUUGACUGAAGCACGUGAACAAGUUAUGAGCUUAUCGAGUCAAUUGUCAACGAAUACAAGAAUGGCAAUGGUUAAAGCCCAAAUACCAGAGGGCUAUGCCACAAUUCGACGAAGCAAGAGUCGAGCAAAAAAAUUUCGGUGUACAUCAACGUCCUCAAACGAGACAACCAUAUCGACUACAAUAACGACAAAUCAUCAACAGCCGCAACACUUUGAGAUGAUUGAUAUGAAUGAACGGAAUUCAAUUAACCGAAAGUUUGAGUCGGAUAUAGUGUAUAGUAAUGGAAACAUAAAGAAUAAAAAUAAUGAUAUAUUCAAUGAUGACGAUGAAGGCGUAAUAAAUGACAUUGAGACAGAUGGUGAUGUAUUCUUAAGAAAUAAUAUUGAAAAUGAGAAUGAUGAUGAUGAUAUUUAUGGAACUAACAAUAAGAGACGAACGUUUCAAACAUUUAAGCCUAAAGAGAACAUCGGGAGUAAUGUUGAUGUCAGUCAACAGAUUAGAAAUAAUAUCAUCAGUAAAAGUAGUCGGGAUUUAAGUCAUUCAAAUGAUUAUAUUCAAUCGUUACCAUAUGACUUGCUUAUGUCACCGCUCAAGUCACCACAGUACAUUAAUCAACUAAAUGCAAUGCGCAAUAAUAAUAAUAACAUAAUAAACAAUAAUAAUAUCAACAACACGAGUAAAUCAAUAGCGAUAAUGAAUGGAAAUGAUGCAGCUGUACGUCAGCAACAAUUUCCGUUAUAUUCACGACCAGAUAGUCCGAAAUAUAUUAAGUUAUUUAAUAAUAAUCGUUCGACAUCACCGUCAGCCGAUAGCAUGGAUAAUUGCUCAUCAAACUCAUCUACAACAUACUCACCAGCAUACCUGACCAAUCAACAGCUACAAACGAUAACAACAACACAAAUAACGUCAUUCAUGAAUCAAGAUGAUGAUAAUUUAAUAUUAAUCGAUAGUCGAAAGCCACCGACAGUGAAGAGCAACAGCAGUUUGGGAUAUCGAAAGUCAUUUAGUCAUAUAAAUCGUGCCCAUCAUCAGCAACAAUACACGAAUGGAAAUGGUGAAAAUAAUAAUAUUAACAAUAGAAAACAUAAUGGAAGUUUUAUGAGCUGUAAAGCGACUAAUAGUCAAGAAUUCAUAAAUGGCUUUGAAAAGCCAUCAAUUAGUACAUUAACAAUGACAAAAUCACUUGCAAUGCCUUCAAUAUCCACAUCGAAUUUAUACACGAGACAGCGUUUUGCGACUCUCGCUCAUCCCAAAGAGAAGUCAUUGCAUGGUGCCAACACGAAAUCAACAUCAUCAUUGAAUGAGAGUCACGUUUACUGGGAUCCCGUGUUGGAUAGUAAAAUUGGAUCGCAAACAACGUUGAGACACAAACCAGCAAUACCAUGGUGGGAAAUUGCAUGCAAAAAGGAAUAUCGACAGAGCUGUCCACCAAUGCAGGCGCAUGUCGUGAAUGCAUUUGAGAAAUCACUUGCAACAAUGACAAAUCGGCUACAAUCACUGACUGCUGCAACCGAGAAGAAGGAAUCAGAAAUUACGGAUAUGCGGCAAACAAUAGAAUUACUCAAGAAGCAAUCAAUUCAAGCCGGUUUAACAUCAGCUCAUAUCGAGAGUAUGGGCGUGAAAAUGAAUGUUAAUGGUAAUGGAAGUCCUACAAAGAAGUCCAUUAAUGGAUCCCAUGAAUCGGGACUACAGAAUGGAAAUGGAACGAUGCAAAGACAAUUAAGUACAGAUUCAGUUUGCUCAAUUAACUCAUUAAGUUCUAAUUGCUCAAUGCAAGAUAAGAAGAAGAAGAAAGGAUGGCUCCGAAGUUCAUUCACAAAAGCAUUCUCGAGAAAUGCAAAAAUUUCCAAGACGAAUCGUCAGAUGAGUUUAAAUGGAAAUUUAUCGGAAUCAAAGGCAUCUCUACCACCACCGACGCAGUUAAAGAUGAUACCAAAAUUACCGACAGCCAAUACAGUCCCAGACUUGGGAAAACCACCAAUUUCACCGACUAAACUAUCGAAUCGUCAAGUUACGUUAAUCGAAAAUGCCAAACCAUUUGACUCAAUAGAAGUAGAAAAUCAUCCGAUUGUUGAAGAAUUAAAGAAGCAGUUACGCGAAAAAGAUAUGGUACUCACCGACAUUCGAUUGGAAGCACUUACUCAGGCAUCUCAAAUGGAAACAUUAAAGGAAACUGUCAAGGCAAUGCGACAAGAAAUGAUGGCAUUAAGACAAAACAAUGACAGACUACAGAAAAUGGUGACAAGUCGAUCACUUGCUGGUUCUGAAACAUCAAUCGGAUGCCCAGCUUCACCAUGUUCUGCUGGUGACUCUAGAAGAUAUAGUUUCGCAACAGAUUCAGGACAUUCUCGACCACCAUUAGAUUUACCUGAUAAUUUAGAUGAAACUGAGGAAGAAGACGAAGUUCCAACGCCAGCACCUGCACCACUUUCACCACAUUUAAUGAACGACAUUUCACCAACAUUAGAAAGAAUCUCAUUAUCACAUGAUGUCUUAGCAACACCCGGCGAAGAAAUUUCCGACUCAGGAGAUGGAAAACGAAUCUCAAUAGCUGUUUAUCUCGGUCAAGCAGAAAGAUAUACGAAAUAUAUGGAAGAAUUGAGUGAAUGUGAACAUUUUAAUGACGUUGAAGACGGAUUACAGCAUAAUAGCGAUAAUUUGAAGUUCCAUAACCAUUUCAAUCACUCACUUGAUGAUCCAAAUAAUGCCGAAAUGAUUAUUGCAUGCACAUACAUUUCUGGCAAGACUACAUGGCAGAAUCUCGAUUAUAUUGUUCGGAAGACAUUUAAGGAUUAUCUUUCGCGCGUUGAUCCGGGUACAAAUUUGGGGCUUAAUACUGACUCAAUUACUUCAUAUCAUUUGGGUGAAGCAAAACGUGGGCCUGAAAUGGGAUUUCCAGAAUUAUUGCCAUGUGGAUAUAUAAUUGGUAAUGUUAAGUCAUUGUACAUAUGCUUACAAGGUGUUGGUAGCUUAGCAUUUGAUACGCUAAUUCCAAGAUCUAUUGUUCAUCGUUAUAUUAAUUUGUUAACCGAGCAUCGAAGAUUGAUUUUAUGUGGACCAAAAGGAACUGGCAAGAGCCAUUUAGCAAGAAAAUUAGCUGAAUUUUUAGUUGCCAAGUCUAAUCGAAGUCCAGCAGAAUCAAUUGCCACAUUCAAUGUCGACCACAAGUCAUCAAAGGACUUGCAACAUUAUUUAAGCCAAAUUGCUGAGCAAGCUUCAAUAAACUGUUCAAUGGAAGAGCUUCCAGCAGUAAUUAUAUUAGACAACCUUCACCACGCUUCAGAAUUAGGUGAUGUGUUUUCAUGCUUAUUAAGUGCUGGCCCAGCAUCUAAGCUUCCAUGUAUUAUUGGCACAAUGUCACAAGCGACAUGCAACACAACAAAUCUUCAGUUGCAUCACAAUUUUCGAUGGGUAUUGACUGCAAACCACAUGGAACCAGUUAAAGGAUUCUUAGGUAGAUUUCUUCGUCGUCGACUUUACGACAUUGAAUUACUGAAUGGAUCGCCCCAAAUUCAAAUGGAAAAGAUUUUCAGAUGGUUGCCAACACUCGUUCAACAUAUCAAUUCAUUUUUGGAGACGCACAGCUCUAGCGAUGUUACUAUUGGACCACAAUUAUUCCUCGAAUGUCCAAUUGACGUAAAUGAUUCACAAAAAUGGUUCUUAGAUUUAUGGAAUAUUACAUUAGCUCCUUACAUGAUUAAUGCAAUUAAAGAAGGUGUUCAAUUAUACGGAAGAAGAGGAAAUGCAUGGACUGAUCCAUGUCUAUACAUUCGUGAAACUUAUCCAUGGCCAAUUACUCCAUCAACAGUACCAAAACUGAAAACAAUAACAGCUCAGGACGUAGGAUUAGAGGAAGCGGAAUUAUUAGGAAGUAAGGAAGAUCCACUACUAAACAUGUUGAACCAAUUGAAAGAAGCUGCAAGUUGGAAUGAAAUUCAACAAGAUGACUCCGAUUGUGUCAGUCUCGAUUCAAAUUUUACACACGACAGUUCAGUAGCUGAAAAUUAAAUUAACACCAACUGUAAUUAAUUAUUUUAAAAACGACGAUCAGAGGCAUCUUACUGCUAACCCUGGCGACGAUUCAUGUGCAUUUUUGUGCAUAGAAAAUUAUUUCAAAGUAACAUUUACAGAAUAAGAUGAAUAAUUAAUUAAUAUCAUUUUUAAUUAAAUAAUUGCGAAAAUUUCCUGUGAUAUUAUACAAAAGAAAAUACAUAAAUCAACUAAACCAAUUUCAUUUUAACGAAAUAUAAUAUUAUUCAUAUUAUGCUUCGACUUUUUGCAACAUAAAUAUAAUAUAAAAUUACGUACAUUAAUAAAGUAUAUAUUUAGAUGUGGCUCGCAAUUUUUCUAUAGGUUUUUAAUCGACAUCCUCAAUUAUAUUAAAAUAUAUAAAGAAUCGAAUCGUUUUUAGCUUUGUAUUAAACAGAAAUAUCUAUUGACGAUUAACAAGGAAAGCCAUUUACACUACAAGAGUAAACAUUAUUAUACAUUAAAUUAAUUAAAACGCUGAAAUAAAGAAUGAAAAAAAUUUUAUAAAAAUUAAAAUUUGUCGAUUUUUUAAAAUCUUAUUUUUAUUUUUUCAGAAUUUUUAAGCAAAUCGUACAUCUUCAUUUUCUCAAAUCUUUAUUAAAGUCGUCAAUU